AUGCCCUGCUUUCCCAUGCGGCUGUGCCCUGCCACCAGCUCCGCCAGCACAUCGUCCUCCAGCCGGUGCACGUCGAAGUCCAAUGCCUCGAGCGACGACCUGCUGGCCGCGCUGGAGGCGUUCGACUUUGACGUGCACCAGCUGGAGGACGAUGUGCAGGCGGAGCUGGUGGCGGGGCACGGCCAUGCGGGAAGGAUGCCCAUCGUCGGCCUGCCCUUCACGGAUGCGCAGCUCUUCCAGCUGCAGUACCUCGUCAUGCCGGCCUGGGUGUCGCUGUGGGUGGCGCCCCGCUGGAAGCACACCCUGCCCCUGGUCAAAGCCACCGCCACAUUCUAUCUGACGCUGUGGGUGCUGCUGACCGCUACUGCCAUCUGCAAAGGCGGCAUCGUGCUCGACUUCUGGACGUACCAGGGCGUGUUCAACCUGCUCACAAAGGAAAACAUCGUGCUGCCGGUGUGGGUGCACACCCUGGUGUUCGACCUGUGGCGCAUCCUGGCCAUCCCGCUGGUGACUACUUUCUACCUGGGCCCAGCUGGCCUCUUCGUCUACCUGCUGGCUGUGCGCCCUUUCUACCCCCUGCUCACGGGCGUCAAGGAGGACUGA